UCUGCUCCUUUCACUUCCCGUGGGUGCCAGAAGAUCCUGUAGAUCGAGCCUCCAUUGACUCGGAUUACCUCUGACUUGGAUGUUUAUAGUCGUCCCUCACGAUGCAUUGCUGUUCUUCUGCCGUGGUAAAGCACUCCGAGUGAAAGAUAAGGGAAACAUUAUUUAGCAGGGAUUGAUGGUACGUACAGAUCCUGCAAAGCAAAUGGGGUUCUUUGGCCCAUGGAAACCUGACCACCCGGUUGAAGACAGCUAAUGCUGCAGGAGGUGGACAUCUCACCGGACUGCUGCUGCCUUCACCUCGCUCGGCUUUCCUUAUAACCCUCGCUGACAUCUUCUUCCCCUUUUGCGACUCUUUCUCAUCUUUCACCUCAACUCCCUUCGCUUUCUCAACAGCAGCCUUAUACGAUGGGCUACGGCCGACUGGGAUCGUCCGAGUCGAUCCUCUCUGUUUCCGAUCUGGAACCGAGUCGCGACGCGCCGAGCACGCGCAAGCGGGUGUUGCUUUGGCUCGCCUUCGUCGCUGUCCUCCUGCUCGCCGCUUCCGGCGUCUCGGUCGCGCUGUUCUUCCGCGGCCGGAUCCCGUCGGUCUCGCCGGCGCGCCGCCGGGCCCCUAGCCAGGCCAUCUCCAGGGCGUGCGGCCGGACUCGGUACCCCGCUCUGUGCGUGAGCUCGCUGCUCGACUUCCCCGGCGCGCUCGAGGCGGCCGGGGAACGCGACCUCGUGCACGUCUCGGUCAACAUGACGCUCCAUCGUGUCGGAGCUGCCAUCCACGGCGCUUCCGCCAUCGCAAGCGCCGCCAUGGACACUCUGGCCCGUUCCGCAUACGACGACUGUAUGGAGCUGCUCGACCACUCCCUCGACCUGCUGUCCAACUCGCUCCUCGUCGUGUCCCCGUCCUCGCAGGCCCGGGUCAAGGCCGUCUCCAGCGAGGACGUGCUCACCUGGCUCAGCGGCGCGCUCACGAACCAGGACACGUGCAAUGAAGGUCUGCAACCGGUCAAAGACCUCUACGUCAAGAAGCACAUGGCGAACCAGCUGAAGGACCUCACCGAGCUUGUCAGCAACUGCCUGGCCAUCUUCUCCGGCGUGAGCCGUAACGAGGACUUCACCGGCAUUCCCAUCCACAACAAGAAGAGGAAGCUCCUGAACGCCAUCGACGUCGACGAUGGAUUUCCGGCAUGGGUGGCGAAGAAGGACCGGCGGCUGCUUCAGGUACCGGCGGCGGACAUUCAGGCAGACAUGGUCGUGUCCAAGGACGGAAAUGGCACCUACACGUCCAUCGUGGACGCCGUGAAGGCCGCGCCGGAGUACAGCAGCCGCCGCAUCAUCAUCUACAUCAAGGCCGGCCGGUACUACGAGAACAUCAAAGUCGGAAGAAAGAAGACGAACCUCAUGUUCAUCGGCGACGGCAAAAACCAAACUAUCAUAGCCGGAUCGCGAAGCGUCUACGACAACUUCACCACCUUCCAUACCGCCACCUUCGCGGCGACGGGGACGGGGUUUAUAAUGAGGGACAUCACGAUACAGAACUGGGCAGGGCCGGAGAAGCACCAGGCGGUGGCGCUCCGCGUGGGGGCCGACCACGCGGUGGUCUACCGCUGCAACGUCAUCGGCUACCAGGACACUCUGUACGUGCACUCGCAGCGGCAGUUCUUCCGGGAAUGCGACAUCUACGGCACCGUCGACUUCAUCUUCGGCAACGCGGCGGUGGUGCUACAGAACUGCAGCCUGUGGGCACGGAAGCCGAUGGACAUGCAGAAGAACACCAUCACGGCGCAGAACCGCAAGGACCCCAACCAGAACACCGGAAUCUCCAUCCACGCGUGCCGGGUGGUGGCGGCGGCAGACCUGGAGCCGGUGAAGGCCAGCUAUUCCACCUACCUGGGCCGGCCGUGGAAGCUGUACUCCAGGGUGGUUUACAUGAUGUCGUACAUGGAGGAUCACAUCCACCAAGCGGGGUGGCUGGAGUGGAACGCCACCUUCGCCCUGGACACGCUCUACUACGGGGAGUACAUGAAUUACGGGCCGGGGGGUGCGGUGGGGAAGCGGGUGACAUGGCCAGGGUACCGGGUGAUCACGCUGCCGGAGGAGGCGAGCAAGUUCACGGUGGCUCAGUUCAUCUACGGCUCCUCAUGGCUGCCUUCAACUGGAGUGGCCUUCUUGUCUGGCUUAUCCGUGUAAAUGGCCACCCAUCCCAUUCCUUCCUUCUUCUAAAUGUUAUCAUUGCCUUUGUUCUAUAUGUGACCUCUUUGUUUAUGUACGAUAUAGGUUUAUUUUGCCUUUUUUA